GGCACACAGGCACACGCAUAGUGACGUAGGGCUCAUGCUGCAAAACACCGUCAGGUUGUUAUGGGCGUUAAACAGAAUAUAUUUCCAGUUCAGUAAAAGUUGUUUUAACUGUGUUUCCUACGACAACAUGUCCUUCACGGCACUACUUUGGUAUUUGUCUAGCAAUGCAUAGUCAUCCGCUUCUUCAUGAGUGUCAAGAGCACAUCAGUACCCGGAUGGACUGUCAUGGCCGCCGUCGCUGUGGAUCCAUAGAGAGGAGAGAAGGAAGGCAAAUGUUUUUCCUGUGUGUUUUGUACACAUUAACCUCCUUCUCAUAAUGUCGGUCGUUGACGGGACACCACCUGAACUUCCAUCGAGUUCCUAGCGCUGUGACCACGCUGCAGACUGCUUUUCCUCGACACGACAUGCAUUCAUGUGUGAGUUUGUCCUAAAGGAGUACAGAUAUCUGUAGAUUUACAACUAUGGAAGAAGACCUCACAAUACUGACUGAUUCUCUGAAAAACUGCAACACGGGAGAUGAAAAAGAAAAGGUCAAAGACUUUGUGUACAAGCAUUUCAGAGAAGUGGCAGACGGGUCGCUCUUCAAUAAUGCAGAAGAAUCUUCCAAUAAGGACCAUGGAAGUUCUUCCAAGAAAGAGAAACAAAGUCUUAAAAAGGCCCAUUGUAAAACUCAGCAAGGUGCUGUCUUCUCUGGAAAGAUUCUGAGCUUUGGAUGCUCUGUGUGUAAAGAUGAUUCCACAUAUAGCCCCAAUGAUCUCCUUAAGCAUUUCCGAGCGGCCCAUAAAGGAACCCUUCCUACGUACCCUUGUGACUUGUGCGCUUUUUCCACACACGAGUUCCCUGCUCUUCAACGCCAUCGGAUUGAGCACAGGAAUACUCUGGUUACAUGUGAGCUCUGCAACAACGAUGUUCAGUACUCUUUGCUAUUGCUUACCAGACACUACAUCAUGUGUCACAGUCUAAAUGGACAGUUUAACUGUGACUGGUGCGAGUUUACAACUGUGGAUGCAGGUACAUUCGUCCAGCACAUCCAUCAUCACAAUGAGAGUCCUUGGAAGUGUUUAAAAUGCAGACAUAUCAGCCUGAAUGAAGAGGCUCACCAGAAGCAUAAGAAAGCUCACUCGUGUACAUUCCCCUUCACUUGUCAGAUCUGUGGAUAUGGUGCAUCAAGAAGCGACUAUCUUAAAAAACACACUGUAGCUGUUCACAAAGAGCAUGCUGAGAGACGGAAUGUAUGGACAGCUUUAGAAGACAGCGGCACUUCAGCAAAUUCAUCUGCAAGCUUAAAACAUUUGUUGAAAAAGGGUGGUGAAUCACAGGAAGCUCAGAGGAUAUCAAAACUAAACUGUCUUUCUGGAAGUCAAAACCAAAAUGGCAGGCUAAUCAAACCAGAGAUAUCCUUUGAGGAGACCAACCACUUGGUGGAUGCAAAAAAGGAAAGAAAAUGUAUUCAUAAUAAAGAGCAGUCAAUGUCAGAGAUGUUACAGGAAUGUGACACCUCUCCAAGCUCUGAUGCUGCCAAUCUCGCCAAUCCAAAUGGACUGACUGUUCUGAUGGUGAAGAAUAAAAUCUCUCUUCCCCCCAACUGCACUACCAAAGUGAUGGGAUUCAAGAUGGUUGAUGGCAAAAAACAUUUAGUACUCAAAGUAAUACCAACAGCAAAGCAAGAUUCAUCCAUCCAGAACCACUCCCUAGUUGAAGAUGUUGGCUCAGCACCAAAUCCUGAGUCAGAUAAAAGUAAAGUCUCUAAUGAGAAUGGGGAAUUCUCUAACAGCAAUAACUUAACAUCACAUUGUUUAGCUCUUUCACCAAGAAGUGGGUCUUCCGUACCGAUGGAUCAGGACGAUAUUCUGGCAGUUAAAGUAAAGAUUGAGGAGGAAGAAACUUCUGUUUGCAACAUUGAUUCCACACCACCUAGAGCUGACGUAGAGGAGCAAACUAACCCUUUACCUAGAAGGUCUUCGACUUGUGCAGAUACGUUAUACCCAAUGACUGAUGAGUUUGAUCAUGCAGGCAAAAAAAAUCACGCAAGUCAGAUAACCUGCUCAGAGAGAAGCAAGUUCGAUAAUAAUUCAGUCUCUGCAACAUUGAAACCUGAUUCAACCUACCAUAGUGGUCCUCAAAUCAGUAAUACAUCACCAAUAUGUGCUAGGAAGAUCACUACUUUAUCUUCACCUUUAAAAGUUGCUCAGGAAAUAUUGUCUUUAGAACACGUUUCCAAAGAAACUAUUGAGAAUUGUGGGGCUGCAGAUGAGUUAUUAAUGACUGAUACAGAAGCAGAUAAACUCAAUGAUGACCAAUAUUGUCAGAGUACUCCAGAAAAAACUGAUAGAGGUAAAAGUCAGAUUAAACAUAACAACAGCAAGCUAAAUGUUAAGCAUUUGACUAAUCCAUCACUUCAAUCAGAGUUAGCCCAACCCAGUACAGGAAGCUGCAGAGAAAGUGCUAUAGGCUCAGAAAACUCAAACACACAAAACUCCCCAAACCAAGAAGUAUUUACAUUUCACAAUUAUUCCAAGGAAACAUUUGGCACUCCACCCAAAUCUACCCAACACUUUGACAAUAUGUCGGAACAUUCAGCAGACAAAGAAAAUAUGUGUGAAUCAUCACAGUUUAGGUUGACAUUGGCAGAGUCUCCAGAUCCAGGAGAGGACUCGGAUCAAGAAGAUGUGCCAGAUGGUGACAUUGAUGAGGGCACAGGUAGUGUUGAGGAUCCUUCCACUGAGGAUGAAAAUCCUGAUUCAGUGUUCCAAGACUUUAAUAUUAUCAAAAUAGAGGAGGAUAGCAUUCCUAUAUCUGACAAUCAAUCAGAAACAAAGGGUAAUUCAACUGGCCUGGGCAAUUUUGUGGAGGAACAUUCAGAUGCAAUAAUUUCGCAACAACUAAAUAAGGAAAGAGUUGAACUCUCUAGUAAUGAUUCUCUAAAACAAACUAAAACAGCUCUUCGAUUUCUUCAGUUGCCAGAGGGUAAGCAGUCAGUGUUCCUGAGAACUACUGAGAAUAAAUGUGCCAUGCCCAAGGCAACUCCAGGUUUCAAACUGAUAACAAAUUCUGCAAGUCCCCAGAUCAACGUAUCUUAUAUGAAGCCAGGGUUUGAAAAUGGCAGGAGGGUAGGUGCAUCAGCACCAAAGGCAGGAGCUUCUGAAAAAGGGACAACACUUCUCUCUGCUGUUCAACCAGGUGUUGGCACCACCUCAAAUCACUACCUUAUCAACAGCCAAGGGUUAAAGGGCCCUGUACUCUUUUCAAGCACACCACAUAAUACACCUACAGACAAAACAGCAAAGACACAGCCAACUUGCUACUUGGUACAGAGGUCGGUUCCAUUUGGUCAGACCCCCAGUGCUCCUGGCCUCAGACUGGCAAGUACACAACUCCCACUGAACUCAAAGCCCGUUCUGGCCAUGCCUGUGAACACUACAGAUAAAGCCAACACUUUGCAGACGGGGCGCCAGGCAUUCUUGCUUCGCUACAUUUCUCCACCCAAAUCAGGAUUACGGUUGAAUAACCAAGAGACAAAGACUGGAACACAGUGUAGCCAAACCAGUGAAAGUACUGGAAACAAAGUCAUGUUUAAAAUUGUCAGUCCUACAGGAAGCCUUCUCACAAGUGGUGCUCCCACCUCAAGCAAUCAACCUUUGUUUUUGGCCACCAGACCUCAGACCCAGUGUUUUCUGGUGUCAUCAAACAAAACCAAUGCAAAUUCAUCCAAUGGAGUAACAAAAUUCAUCCCAAUACACAAUACUGCACAAAUAGAUGUCAAUGAAUCUUGUAUUUCACCCUCUCGGAUGAAUGUAAAGCUUCAACUGUGUGAAGCAGAGAAACCUAUCCUAGCCCCAAGGCCAAUUCGUCCCCCAAGCCAAAGGAAAAGGCGCAGGAAAACAUUGUUCGACGAGCUUCCAGCUACAGUGCAUAAAGCUAGAAGACUCUCGAAUAAAGGACUGCCUGAGAAAGAGACUACUCUGUUAUGGAAGCCUAUAGCCAAAGAAGUAGAAAGGACACUGAGGCUUGCCCCGUUCAGUUCUCUCCAGCAGAUCAAAUGCCCUCAUAGAUUCCAACCUGUUGUGGUGCUCAAUCAUCCAGAUGCUGACAUUCCCGAGGUGGCCAAUAUUAUGAAGGUAGUAAACAGGAACAAAGGUGCAGUUACUAAAGUCUCUCUAUCUCAGAAAACAAUCCAAGCUCUCUCUGAGCAAGGAGCUCUUUGGAAGAAUUCCUUGACCAAAGGUGCAUCGUUUCAUAGCGACGAUACAAGACCCCGGCCAGUUCUGAGUUCUGUCAGAGAGCGGUUCCUCCUGAAAAUGAAGUUGAGGAAAAAGAGCAAAAAGAAGUAUGAGGUAGUUGACCCUCGACCACGUUGUGCACAAGAGGCUGUGGUGUUUGACUGCUGGUUUUGUGGUCGGCUCUUUAACAACCAAGAAGAUUGGAUUGGCCACGGCCAGCGACACCUCAUGGAGGCAACUAGAGACUGGAAUAAACUGUUCUGAACAUUUCAAAUCACCUCCGAGUGGAAUAACUUCUCUUUUUCGGUGUGAAACAAAUGGUUCGAGUUGUAUAUUUUUAAUGACCUUCCACACUAUUUUUGUUUAAUGUUGUGUUCCUGUAAAUACAUAUUCUGAAGCAAAUCAUAGUUUAUCUUUUCAUAGGUGCAUUUUCUGGUAAACUGUACUGUAAGCAUGAUCUCUAUCAUGCAUGCACAGGUCACAUUGAACUGCGAAAAUGGUGCACUGUAAUUAGGAGAGUUGCAAGAUCACUAGUUCGAUUAAAGGGACAGGAGUAUUCUGAGCUGGAUUGAAUUGCUCAGGUGAUUUCAUAUUAAUCUUGUUUGUCAUUUUUGCUCAUACAUUUUAAGUAAGCUGAUGCCUAGUUUAAGGGACUUUAGUAUCUUAUUUGCUUAACUUUAAAGCUUGCAUAACAACUCCUUUGUUAAAUGCUUGUCAUGGAAGAAUGUUCUGGUCCAAAUUGUUACAUUUUGUAUGAUGUUUUAUUAAUGACGAUUUCAUUUUACUCUAUUCUAUCAUCAGGGGUAGAUAACAGUUUCCUUGUCAGGGUUUUGCCAACCUGUAGCAUAUAUUUGUAAUAACUAGAGCUGAGAGUUUCCCCAAGUUAUCUUUUAAGUCUGCCGUCAGUGUUGGUUUAAUAAAAUACCUUUGCAGAACAAUGGUUAAACUAGGGCUGCAACUUAGUCUUUGUUUUCAGUCCAAAUCCCACAGAUACUACGUUUAUUAUCACAUCAAACGAGUUAAAGGAGCAAAUCAUCUCCAUUUAAAAGCCAGAAUCGUGCAGUAUAUAGCAUCUUUGUCUGAAAAACGGACUAUUGAAAAGUUGAAAAAACAUUUUCCUGUUGAUUGAGCAAUGGCUUUACCUGUAGGUCAAACAUAUUACCUUUCUUAUAUUAAAGCAGGUUUUAAAAUAAUGGCUUGGUAAUAAUAAUAUAACAAAUCCAAUUGCUUUUAUUUUUGUAAUUUAAGAUACCGUUAAUCAACCGCAACAUUUGAAAUGAUUUCACAUUGAAAGCCUGUUAGGAAGGUAAUCAAACCUGUAUAAACCAGAAUAAUGUCAAACAUAUUUCUGAGGGUCAGAAGGACGAUGGUGGUUUUUAUGAUGGGAUGGGUUGGCUGGAUUCCCCAGAAAUCACAACAAUGUUUACUUUACAGGAAUAGAUUAGGGUGUGUAAAAAAAUCUGAAAUGGCUUGUUUGCUAUAGAACAAAAAAACAUACUUUUAGUAAUGAAUUUAAAGUUACUGUCACAUUUGUUUUAAAACUGUAAUCAUUUAUACCGUAGUAGGAGCCCUGGACUCUGUAUCAACUCUUCUUGCAUUCUGUUAUUUAAUCUGUUCCCUACCAUCAAGUCCAAUAUUUGGACAUUUGUUUCAAUGUUACGUUUGACACUUUUUUCAUGGCGACAGGACAGGGACUUUGUUUCUUUAGGAUGUUAAUGAUUGUAUUACAUGAUGAUGGAUCUGUGGAAUUCAUGUUUUAUUCUAUUUAAUAUGCAAGUGAUUGAACAAUGUAAGCCAUACUGAUGUUUUUAUACUUUCACAAUGCUUGUUUGGAGCACGUCUAAAUUACUGAAGUUCUGACCUCAGCAGGUCCUGAAUUUUACCAGCAUUUACUAAAUGUUCAUCUUUAUCUUUGCUACAAUCAUCAACAACAAACAUUUAUUCCACAUUAGGUCAAGUCCCUGAAAUCAUUUUCUGUAACACUCCUACAAAUGUAUCAUGUGUAGUAUCUACAUUCCACUCAUAUUUGUAACUUACAAAUGGAACCAAACAAGCAUAAACCUUCACUAGCAUUAUGGGGACUUCUCUUUUGUAAGACAUUGUUAAACAUUAUGGAAAAUAUGCUUACUUAGAGUGAGCUGAGAAGAUUGAAAUGUCUGUGUCCUUACUACAAAGCUGGAGUUAGCUUAGUUAGCCUAGCUUAGCAUAAAGAGGGGAAGCAGGGUAAAGUCAAAAACACUCUACCUACACCUGAAAGCUCCCUCCGCUGUUCAUUAAAUCUGUGUUGUGGUUUAAGGGGGAGUUGGCACUAUUUCUUGAAGAACACCGGCGUAUCCCUCCACCCAAUACUUCUGCAAAGUGCCCCGGCUACAGAGUGUUUUUAGAUAUGCCAAGUCAGCAUAGGCCUAGCUCUCUGUACAGACUGCUUGAAGACAGUGACUGAGGUUCAGCUUGUACAUUCUUAAGACACAAGGCUCAUUAAAGUUAUAUAAGUUAGAUAAAUGUUCCUUAAUUCCAAAUUUAGACUAGCAUUGUAUUUAUACGUUUUCUUAUUUUGGAGCUCACCCCCUAAUGCAGUUAAAAACGAUCACAGCCAAAUGGAUGCCAACACCAAAUGACUUCUGGCUUUUAUUUCAGUUUGUUUCAGAGUUUCAUGUUUCUGAUGGGAAUGCACAGAGUCUUCUUCUCUGCUCUCAGGCCAAAGAACUGUUUGGUGGUAUAACAUGUAAACAGUUGAUGGGAUUUCUAACACGAGUUCUGAACUGUGAUAACUACAAACCACUCAUGUGAUACACUACUACAUCAGCUAAUUGUGUCCGUUGUAUGAGCCGAAAUUGAAACGUGAAUAAUAUUUGAUAUCUGUUUUGAGUUUGUACAUAAACACAACUCCAUGUACAGUACACUGCUCCUGUCCACAUCUUUCCCCAGUCUUUCCUCAUGCAAAGUGCCUCGAAUGUCCUUUAGCAGGUUGACAAUGAGUACUGUAUUAUUUUGUUCAACUUAGUGGUUCACUCCCCUUUAAUAAAUGUACAUACCCUAUGGA